UCUCCGGUGUCUAUUUCUAUUCGCCCUUACCUCCACUCUCUCACCAUCGGACCAUCCUCUCUCUCGGCCGCCGCUGGAGAAGGCAAACCCUAAUCCCAAGCUCCGGCCGCGGGAUCGGGGUUUGAGACUUCGAAGAGGAGGAGAAGAAGACGCAAGAUAUCGGCGUCUCAAACUCAUCUCUCCACUCACAUUCUUAAAACCCUAGCACCGAGAAGAUCUUCUCCACGCCUACAACAAAGCUCCAUUUGUGCCUGCUUUUUGGAAGUAAGCAUUAGUAAAUCUUUUUGCUAAUCAUGGCUACCUUCGCUAAGCCAGAGAAUGCUUUGAAGCGUGCUGAGGAAUUAAUAAAUGUUGGCCAAAAGCAAGCAGCUUUACAAGCCCUCCAUGACCUCAUCACUUCAAAAAGGUACAGAGCAUGGCAGAAGACCAUGGAAAGAAUCAUGUUUAAAUAUGUAGAACUCUGUGUGGACAUGAGAAGAGGCAGAUUUGCAAAGGAUGGGCUUAUCCAAUACCGUAUUAUAUGCCAACAAGUAAAUGUCAGCUCUUUGGAGGAGGUGAUAAAACAUUUCAUGCAGUUAUCCACUGAGAGGGCUGAGCAAGCUAGGAGCCAAGCACAAGCCCUGGAAGAUGCUCUGGAUGUGGAGGAUCUAGAAGCAGAUAAGAGGCCUGAGGACUUGAUGCUGAGUUAUGUCAGUGGGGAGAAAGGAAAGGACAGAUCUGACAGAGAGCUUGUGACUCCAUGGUUCAAAUUUUUGUGGGAAACGUAUAGAACAGUGCUUGAGAUUCUGCGGAACAAUUCGAAGUUGGAAGCUCUAUAUGCAAUGACAGCACACCGGGCCUUCCAAUUUUGCAAACAGUAUAAGAGGACCACCGAAUUUCGUAGGUUAUGCGAGAUAAUAAGGAACCAUCUUGCUAAUCUAAACAAAUACCGUGAUCAGAGAGAUAGGCCUGAUCUCACUGCUCCUGAAAGCUUGCAGCUUUACUUGGAUACAAGAGUAGAGCAGCUCAAGAUUGCAACUGAUCUUGAACUGUGGCAGGAAGCCUUCCGUUCGGUAGAAGAUAUCCAUGGUUUAAUGAGCAUGGUAAAGAAAAGUCCAAAGCCAUCCUUGAUGGUCGUAUAUUAUGCCAAAUUAACAGAGAUAUUCUGGGUCUCAGAAAGUCAUCUUUACCAUGCAUAUGCAUGGCUUAGACUUUUCACUCUGCAAAAGAGCUACAAUAAGAACCUAUCACAAAAGGAUUUGCAAUUGAUAGCAUCAUCCGUUCUGUUAGCUGCACUUUCAGUGGCCCCUUAUGACCGUAAGUAUGGUGCAUCCCAUUCGGAGCUUGAAAAUGAAAAGGAGCGCAAUUUACAGAUGGCAAGCCUUAUCAAUUUCACUCUUGAUCCUAAACGAGAGAGUAGAGAAAUGCUUUCACGCUCAUCGCUCCUCAUGGAAUUGGUCACUAAAGGUGUAAUGACAUGUGUCUCCCAAGAAGUGAAGGAUCUCUACAAUCUCUUGGAGCAUGAGUUCCUUCCUUUGGACCUUGCAUCAAAAGUUCAGCCGUUGCUUACUAAAAUUUCCAAAGUUGGGGGCAAGCUAUCGUCAGCCUCUUCUGUUCCAGAAGUGCAACUAGCACAAUAUAUCCCUUCUCUCAAAAAGCUCACUACAUUGAGAGCACUGCAGCAGGUUUCUCAGGUAUAUCAAUCCAUGAAAAUUGAGAUGCUAUCAAAGAUGAUACCCUUUUUUGACUUCUCAGUUGUGGAGAAGAUUGCAGUUGAUGCUGUUAAAUAUAAUUUUGUUGCUGUGAAAGUUGAUCACCUGAAGGAUGCUGUUCUAUUUGGUAAUGUGGAUUUUGAAUCCGACAGGCUUUGUGAUCACCUGACCACUCUCACUGAUUCUCUUAAUAGAGCAAGGAGCCUGAUUUAUCCACCAGUGAAAAAGCAAUCCAAACUGGGUGCAAAUCUACAUGGUUUAGCAGAAAUAGUGGAUAAGGAACACAAGAGGCUUCUUGCCCGAAAAUCAGUAAUUGAGAAACGCAAGGAAGAACAUGAACGCCAUAUGCUGGAAAUGGAACGGGAGGAAGAAUAUAGGAGAUUACAACUUCAGAAGCAAACUGAACAAGCAGAACAGCAGCGGCUUGCUACUGAGUACUCCCGAAGGGAGGAGCAGAGGAUUCGCCGUGAAAUAGAGGAAAGAGAAUCUCAAGAAGUUCAGGUCUUACUUCAGGAAACGGGAAAACUUGCUAAAAGGAAGGGAAAGAAACCUUUGCUUGAAGGGGAUAAGCUUACAAAGAAAGACUUGCUUGAGUAUGCUGUGAGUGAGCAAGUGAAAGGGCGUCAGGAGAUGGAGAAGAAACUGCAGAAACUAGCAAAAACAAUGGAUUACAUGGAGCGGGCAAAGAGACAAGAAGAGACCCCUCUAAUUGAGCAGACAUACCAACAACGCUUGGUGGAGGAGAAAAUUCUUCAUGAACAUGAACAACUGAAAGAGAUAGAGCUGAGCAGGCAGCACCAUGCAGGUGAUCUCCAAGAGAAGAACAGACUCUCGAGGAUGUUGGACAACAAGGCUAUCUUUCGGGAUAGAAUAGUUAGUUGCCGUGAAGCAGAAUAUAACCGAUUAAGGAAAGAGGGGGAGGAUCGUAUCAACCAGCUUGUAGCAAUGAGGAAACGUGAAAAGGAGAUUAAACGUAAGCUGCUCUUCUAUAUUAAGUCCGAGGAAGAGAGGCUGACCAAGCUGCAAGAAGAGGAGGAAGCUCGGAAACGUGAAGAAGAGGAGAGGCAGAAGAAGGAAGAGGCAGAGCGGAAAGCGAAGCUAGAUGCAAUUGUAGAAAAGCAGAAGCAGAGGGAGAGGGAAUUGGAAGAGAAAGAAAGGUUGAGAAGAGAUGCCCUACUGGGAAAGACUGCUGAGCCGCCAUCUCGACCAACUGAUCAUGUUUCUGGGCCACGCCUUUCUGAGCCUGUUGCUGCUGCCGCCGCUGCAUCAAGUGCCGGGAAGUAUGUGCCAAAAUUCCGACGCGAGAGGGCCGAGAGCCUACAAGCAGCCCCACCGGAGGCCGACCGAUGGGGUAGGCAGGAUGAUCGGCCACCCCACCUCAGUGAUAGGUGGCGGAGUGAUGAUCGUCGACCCUCAUUUGGUGGCAGUGGCUCUAGAUUGCCGUCCUCAUCGUCUUCCUGGUCUUCAUCAAGGUCGCGCAGUUGAUGCGCUUGAGCCUAGGUGCAUGCCAGCUGAAGGAGUGAAACUAGAUGUUUUUUUUAAGUUUUUGGUGGGAAUCGAGGUUGUGCAUCUUAUCAUAACUUAAAAAGUGCGGAUCAUCUAGAAAGGCAAGUUGAAUUUGGAGGCUAUCUAUAUUGCCGCUAAUUUUUGCAAUCAUGUUUAAAUGAAUUUGUUUAUUGAUACCUUAAGCUGCACCCAACUGAAUUUAUAUGCUGAUUGUUUUUUGUAGCCCCCUUUGAAUGAACUCUGGUUUAGCUAAUGGCCUUUGUUUGGGACA